AAAGCAACAGGAGACUUUAAGGGAAAAAGAGAGAGGAUUUGAUCAGCUGAUGUAAUUCCGCGGUUUGUUCUGCGCUUGGCGGUUUUGGCGGGAUCCGUGCGCCUCGCGUUCGCUGCGUCGGAGGAAAGGUUUUCGGAGUUCGACGGCGAGAAACGGUCAUUUUUGGACUGUUGGUGGAUUGAGCGGACUGUUGUUUUCCUUUUCUUAGUGUUGAUUUUUUUUUAAAAGAGGAAAAAAAGGUAUAUGGGUGAUCGAUUUUAUGGUAUGACUUAUUUUUAUUCGUGUGCGGUCUAUAUUUUGAUAUUUAGGGUGGUCGGCGGAGCAGCGCGGACUGAAAGAUUUGAUCGGUUUAAAGACAUGGAUAUAUUUCGCUACCAAUUUCGAGUGAGAUCGGAAAAAGAAAGAAGAUAAAUAAUAUCAAAAUAUCCCGAAACAAACACACAAACCGAUCCCAUAACCGUGAUUUUUAUUAAAUAACUCACACCAAAGCACCGGUCCCCCCAAAAAAAUCAAGAGGAAAUCGGAAAAAUAAAGAAAACAACGACCCGACGGCGACGGAAAAUAAUCUAUUCAUUCCGAAGGGAGCUGCGUCCGAUUCACUAUCACGACCCGAUGAGAAAAGAGCCCUGGCCGCGUGCUGAGUUAUGCGGCGUUAGAGCUCACGAAUUAUUACUCGGGAUCCGUGGAUGAUGCGCCGCACUGAACUCCAGAUUACGUAACACUAUUAUAGUGGCCCUCUGACUUCAACACAGUGCCUUCACAGUGCCACCUACGGGCAAGAGAGACCGAAAAGCAAGGAAUGACCAGUGCCUCGACCUCCGUGCCUUGUGUGUGUGUAUAGGUUUUCGUAGUGUAACCGACCGGGCAUUCCGCCGUGCCUUUGACACUGUGUUUGUGAACUCGUUUCCCCUUCGAGCGAUUUCGAAUGUCCCCUCGUUUCCUUUGAUUAGAUGUGGUUUCCUUAGUUUUUUUUAUAAUCAUUUCGAUCCGGAGAUUAAUUCUGGAUAUAAUUAAAUCAUUGUAGCUUAAUUAGAAAGGAAAAUAAUAAGAGAAAGAGAGAGAGAAAUAGAAAGAAAGAAAGAAAAAGCUUGUGACGAGGGUUUUUUGGAGGAAAUCGGAAAGUUACGUGAACGAGAGCACGUUUCUGCAAGACCCCCCCUAUCCCCUCCCCUCCCCCCCUCGACCCCCGGAGGACCCCACGAGCGACCCCAGCGCCCGAGAAGCCCCCGGGGUGGAGUUCUCAGCCAUGUUCCCGCCGGGCAGCGCGGGCGGGUACGGCCAGGAGGGCGGCCAGAACCUCCUCACGCCCUCCAUGUACUCGUCGCACGCCCACACACACAUGCUGCCCUACAACUCGUACUCGGCGCAGCUCGUGCAGCCCUCCACGCCCUCGCCGUCCAUGUGGCAGACGCCCCCCCACACGGCCCUGGCGCCCUCGGCCCCGCCCGCCGACCAGACCUUCUCCUCGCCCCUCGGAUUCAACAGCGGGCGUGAGGGAUACCUGCAGGGCGCGGGCUCACAGGGCCUGCAGGCGCCCAUCAGCCCGUACCAGGCCUACGCCCAGAUGAACCACGGCAUGUGGCGCCACUACGACUCCAUGGGCCUCCAGGGCAUCACCAAUUACCCCGGCAGCGAAUUUUGCGCCGAGAGUCGGGAGUGCGUGAACUGCGGCGCCGUGCAGACCCCGCUAUGGAGACGCGAUGCAACGGGCCACUAUUUGUGCAACGCCUGCGGUCUCUACACCAAGAUGAAUGGGAUCAACAGGCCACUCAUUAAGCAUUCUAGGAGACUGGACGGUUUCUCCUUCCAAACCUCGGCGCGCAGGAUGGGCCUCAUGUGCUCCAACUGCGGCACCACGACGACCACUCUCUGGCGCAGAAACAACGAAGGCGAGCCCGUGUGCAACGCAUGCGGCCUGUACUACAAGUUGCACGGAAUCAACCGGCCGUUGCAGAUGCGGAAGGACUCCAUCCAGAGCCGCAAGAGGAAGCCGAAGAACAAGAAAACGGACGAGGCGCCGGAGGAGAAGGAGAAGGAGAAGAAGCCAGCAGCCGAGGAGCAGCCGUCCAAGGAGACCGAGCACCGCGCUCCCGAGCCCGCCACUGCCAUCUCCCCCCCGAAGCCCCCCCAGCAAACUCAGCCUCCGCAAGCCAGCCAAUCAGCUGCCAUCCCCAGCACCAGCAGCCAAUCAAACGUGAAGAUCAAGCAGGAGAGCCAACCCCCUUUCACCGCGUUGCCCAGCCCCCCCUCCGGCCUCGUGACCCCGCCAAUCACACCAAGUCUGAACUGCACCUCGACCAAUGGGAUGUUCGGGCCGUACGCGUCGGGAACGUCCAAUUUCAAGCUAAUGAUAAGUUAAGAGGAGGCGGCCGCGACGACGGCGAGAACAAGUUGGGGGAAAAAAAGGGAAAAAAAGAGAAAAGAGGGGAAGGAAAAAGAAGGAAAAGAAGAAGAAGAAGAAGAAAAAUGAAGGAAAAAAAAUAGAGAGAGAGAAAGUUGAAAGAAUCGGAAAAUUGGAAGCGAGAUGCAGGCGGGUAGGAGGAGAAGGAGGAAGAGGGUUAAGAAGAGAGAAGAGAAAAGUGGAAGAAAUAUGAUAAGGGGGGGAGGGGAGAAGAAGUGUGAAGAGAAGGAGGAUAAUAAGUGUGUCCUUUUUUUUGGAUGCCAUCGGAUGCGGGUGAAGGGAGCGGCCGCAGUCGGUCUUGGCGUCGGGGGUCUGUCUCCCUGACCCCCCUCCCCCCCCAAGCUGAGACCCGACCCGGCCGCGGAUUGCUCCCUCGGCGGCGCCUCGACUGUGAAUGCUCUUCUUCAAAGUGGCCAUAUAGAAAUAGAUAUAUAUAUAUACAAAUACAUAUAUAUCUCCAGGUCCUGCCGGACGCUCCGACGAAACGGAACUCGCAGAGGUGGGCAAAGCUCGCGUCUCCGAAGGCAGCGCCGCGUCGGAAGCGGUCGGUUGGUCGGGCCUCCGGUCGGCCGAUGCACGGUGCAGUCGGCAACGUUUGUGUGGAUGUUUGUGUCGAUGGCCGAGCCAGCCGGCGACACCGCGGCCGCAGACUGGUGUACGGAGAACCGCCAUAGACCUGGAUGUCUGUUUUAUCUGCACUAUGAACUACCUUUGAAAUUAGUUUUUGAGGGAAGCCAUUUGACAAAAAGAGUAAACAAAAUAAACAAAUAAAAAAUACAAAAAAAAAAAUAUUGACGAUAAUGGCUUUUUUCACAGUGCAGUAGUUUUACAUUUAAAAGAAAAUAAUUCUACUUAACUAUUUACAAAAAUGUGAUAAGAGAAAUCGCAGUUAGUGAGACGAGGGUUAUAUAUGGUGCGAAAAUAUUAAGAAUGGACUUUAUUAUCGAAUCACAUAUUACUAAAUUAAAACAAUUGGCAAGACAGAAAAAAAAAUCUUAGAAACAGUCGAAGUACAACUAUAUUUGAAGAGCGACAGCCUUCAACAUAACCGUUACUUCAACUCUUCAAACACGAAAGUUUAAAUUUAAAUUCAAGUCAAGGAUCCCUAACGUCUCUUUCUCUCUCUCUCACUGUGAAACCGUGCAAUAGAUUGAUGCUAUGUAUAUUAGAGACUUAAUACUUAGCAGUAUAAACUGUUUGGGAAAUGAGUCUUUACUUAAAUUAGUAUAGGGUAAUACUAGUUGGUUGGUUUGUAUUGUAUAGUAAAGUGAUGUGAACACACUUUUUUUACUUGAAAACGGAGCAAAUGGAAAGGUAAUGCAAGUGAUACUUUUUUUUUCAAGUGAAAGGACAGAUAACUCGUAGACGGAAUAGGUAAACCCGUAAAAAAAAUCAGGUCUCCUCAAUUUUUUUUUUUUC